AUGCGUGGAUGCUGGUUGCUUUUCGAUAUAAGUGCGCUUUAUAUUUUAUUUCUUUUACCGUUGUUUGCGGCCGAACUCGAAUCCGACAAGGACUCUCAGGACGAUGGACCGUUGCCAGAGUUUCAUUUCGAUAAUGUCUGUCGCACCGCGGACCUUGUGGACACCCCGGUGGAGGAUAUAUGGCACCCAAUGUGUCUACGAACAAAGAAGGAUGAUUUGGUAGCGGAAACCGUUGAGACUACUUUGACUGUUGAACCGGUGCUAGACGUACCAAUUGCCGCGUCAUCGACACCUACUAUCGGUCCCAAACCCGACCCAGAAUUAGAUACCGAGUCGCCCCUUGAUAAUUCGAAGUUUCUGUCGUUCGAGGAUUGGAAGAAGAAGAACCUAGCUAAAGCAGGCCAGUCCGCGGAUAAUGUGCGGGGAAAUAGACAGGGCUCCGCCUCAUCGGAGAAGCGAAGACGAUCCAGGCCUGGUGAAAUUAAUAAUGCUUUGGAGUCAUUGGGUGAAGAAGGAGAGAUCGAGCUGGCUUUUGGUGACUUUACUCCCGGUAGCAGUGACGUCCCUCCUUCAGGGGGGAAGGAUGACAACGGCCCAUCCAGCACAAGUGAGGGUGAAAAAAGCCCAACGGAGAGUGCUGAGGGGGAAUCCCAGGCCGAUGGUGUGACGCGAAGAGGCCCCAAUCGCAGAAAAGAUGCUGGCACAACAUGUAAAGAGCGGUUUAACUAUGCCUCGUUUGACUGUGCUGCUACAGUGCUGAAAACGAAUAGAGAAUGUACUGGAUCUUCGUCCGUGCUUAUCGAAAAUAAGGAUAGUUACAUGCUGAACGAGUGUCGGGCCAAAGACAAAUUUGUUAUACUUGAGCUAUGCGACGAUAUCCUUGUUGACACUAUUGUUCUUGCGAACUACGAGUUUUUCAGCUCCAUAUUCCGGACAUUUAGGGUAAGUGUUUCCGAUCGAUAUCCAACGAAACCUGAUAAAUGGAAGGAGUUGGGAACCUAUGAGGCGGCAAAUACGCGAGGUGUCCAAGUUUUUGCCGUUGAAAACCCCCUUAUAUGGGCAAGGUAUUUAAGGAUCGAAUUUUUGUCACAUUAUGGGAAGGAGUUCUACUGCCCUAUAAGCUUGAUAAGAGUACACGGAACAACAAUGAUGGAAGAGUAUAAAAACGACGGAGAGACCGCCCGACCAGACGACGAGCCGACUGAAACAGCUCAGUCACAAGAGCCAUCGGCUCCAGCAACAGUUGCAGGUAGCUCCAACCAAACUCAGGAUGGCACAGAGCAUCAAAACACAUCGCUUUCCAUAGUCCAUCCUGGAGCAGCCGACUUACCUAGUGAGGGUGGACUGGGUGAUUUGUGUUUCCCUGAAAUGGAUGAGAUUGAGAAGCUCUUGUUACGGAUAAAUUUGCAUAACACGAGCUCUAUCUACGAUCCAGUUCCUGAACCUGAAUACUCUCCUGAGUCUCACGACCACACAGACAAUGAUGCUUGGGUCGCAGCUACAACGGGGACCGUUGGCUUGAAAGAGACACCAUUAUCUGACUCCGUGGCUAGUUCGGCUGGAAAUACAAGUCACCAGAAGACAGGCGUUGAGCCGCGUGGCCCUUCUACUUCACGACCACCCAAGCCAGAAAACGAAACUAUCGUGGAAAGCCAAAAACCAAGAGUGACAUCUCAACCGCCCCCGCCAAAUCCAACAACUCAAGAAUCCUUUUUCAAGUCGGUUCACAAGCGUCUGCAAAUGCUCGAGACAAAUUCAAGCCUCUCCCUCCUUUAUAUCGAGGAACAGUCACGGAUACUCCGAGAUGCGUUCAACAAGGUUGAGAAACGCCAGUUGGCAAAAACAUCAGCAUUCCUUGAAAAUAUGAAUGCAACCGUGCUUAAUGAGCUCAGAGAAUUCAGGCAACAAUAUGAUCAUAUUUGGAACUCUGUGGUUAUCGAACUCGAACAACAACGCCAGCAAUACCACCAUGAGCUGUUUGCGGUCACAACGCAGCUUGGAAUUCUUGCUGAUGAAGUAGUCUUCCAAAAGCGCAUAUCAAUCAUUCAAAGCGUCUUUGUCCUACUAUGUUUUGGCCUUGUUCUCUUUUCCCGAAGUGCGAUCGGUUCUUAUCUAGAGCUUUCAAAAAUGCAAAGCGUGGUAUCUCGAACCCAGAGCUUUCGGUCCGCAUCGCCUUCGUAUGAAACGCCUUCUGCGAGCCCAAACUCAACACGCCAAAUAUCCUCGUAUCAAAAAAGAAUUAUGCAUCAACGUCAUGCGUCUGACUACCAAGCUGACUGCGAAUUAUGUAACCCUACCUUCACUUACUCCCCCCCGCAAACGUCAGCAGGUGUACAGAGUCCGCCUGAAGAAGAAGAAAAGGAACUACACGACGUAAACCCAGAGUAUUCCCGAUCAACAACCAGUCUCGUGGUACCAGAUGAGAAUCCCAGGAUAAUGAAAAGGCAACUAAGUAGCCCUCCGGACCUUGGAACCCAGGAUGCACUGGACAGUUCUGAGGCUCCUGUUGCGCCGCCCUGA